AUGGACUUAGAUGUUGAUCUAUCAAUAAAGGUACCUGUAGAACUUAUAUUAAAGGAAUUCGAAUGUCCAGUCUGCUUUGAACACAUCAAAGAUGCUUGCCUUACAAAAUGCGGCCACGUUUUCUGCAAAGAAUGCAUCGAAGAAUGCUUAAAUCGUCGUCACGAAUGUCCCAACUGCAAGAUGGAAACCUCCUUGGACCAAAUAGUCAGAAAUUUCCAUUUAGAUGGAGUCCUUAAAUUGCUUCUUGAGCAGCGAGAAAAAGCAGCCAAAGAGUUUUACGACCAAAUCCUCAAUCAAGUAAUCCAAAGGUCAGACUCCGUCAGUAGAAACCCAAUCGAAACAGUUUUUCAAGAAAAUAUGAGAGAAAGCUUGCUGGCUUUCGAAAAAUAUUACGAUGACCUCAAAGAAAGAAACGAAAGAAUGAAAAACAAGCUGAGAGCAGAAGGGAUCCCUGAAUAUGCUGAAAAAGCUGCUGAAUUAGACAUGCAUUUCAACAGAAGCAUAGAUUUAAUUGUAGAAGGCUACGAGAAACAUAUGAAAUCAAUUGCUCCAUCCCCAGUACUCCUACCUAUAAGAUUAUUUUUAAAGGUACCUAAAAAAAAUUUGACUUUAGAUGUCCAUAUUCCUAGGACACAUACAACGAGAGAUUUAGAACAAAUAAUAGUGGAACAUUAUAAUUCUAAAGGAGAUCAAGUUCAGGAAUUUGGCCAAGGAAAUUAUAUAGUCCAUCAAGCUGUGCAGUCAGGGGAAAAUGAUUUUAUUAUUAUAGAGAAUCCUAUGGAUCCGAUAGGGAAAUUAGAUAUCACUCCUGGAAGUGCAAUAUUUUUCGAUGGGAAUAUUUUAUUGAAAAGUGAUGCUCCUAAACAAUGUUUUACAUUGAAUUUCCAAAAAGGGCAGGGGAUGAAAACUAAUUAUUAUCAUUGCAGCAAUUGUGGAAUUAGCUGGAUUUGUGAGCCUUGCGCACAAAGCUGUCAUGUAGGGCAUAAUGUUAAGAUUGCAAUCCCCAGCCAUGAACCGAGCUGGGCUUGCUGCUAUUGUGUAAAGAAAGGAAGAUGCGUUAUUCCAAAUAACAAAAAAUAA